CCGUGGUCGGUGCCGUCCGAAUCCAAAAACCCUAGCCCCCCUCCCCUUCGCCGGCUCGCCGGAGAUGUCCUCGUGGCUGCGCAGCGCGGUGAGCCGGGCGGUGGAGGCCGGCGGCCGCAGCGGCGUCGCCCGCGCCGUCAAGGGCUACGCCGACGCCGUCGCGCACCACGCCGGCCAGGCCGUCGCGGACAUCCUGCACGACCGCAUGGGCGCUCAGAACUAUAAAAGUUUCAAGAAAACAGUAGCACGAUUGGAAGAGGCAGCAGUUUCAUGCCGUGGGGGUGAAAGAGUUGAAUUGUUAAAACGUUGGUUGGGAGCAUUGCAAGAUGUUGAUGCUGGACUUGGAGGUUCGGAUUUAAAGGCUUCUGAAGAUCAUGAUCCUUCUGGUGAAACAGACACUACGAAAGCACCAAUGGUUUUGUUCUAUGAUGCCGAUAUUGAUGGAGCACCUAUGAAUUUCUGUGACGUAUUCUUGUACAGCCAAGCACUUGAAGGUAUUACACUGUCCAUGAUUCUUGAAGCUCCUUCUGAGGAGGAGGUUUCACUGCUUUUGGAAAUAUUCGGCAUAUGUCUUACUGGCGGAAAAGACGUGAACAAGGAAAUCAUGAGCAAUGUACAAGACUUGGCUAAGGCAUUUUCAGAAUACAAAGAUGAAGUCCUGGUGAAGCGUGAAGAGCUGCUUGAAUACGCUCAAAGUAUCAUUUCAGGACUAAAGAGAAAUGCUGACAUUAUGAGGAUAGAUGCUGAAACCCAAGAAUUGCAGAGAAAACUAGAUGAGAAGCAGAAGUCACAAGCUCAAUCAACUGAAGAUCAAGAUAAAACAUCAGAGAAGAUUGCUGUUGCAAAUCUUGAGGCUUUCAAAGAAGCACUUAGUGAAGUCCGUUUAUGUUCUAGAAUUGAAGAACUUCUACUGAAGAAGAACUCAAUUACUCCUGGGGAUUCGCUGGAGGUUCAUUCUCAGAAGGUGGAUAAACUAAACGUCUUGGCAGAUUCCCUGGCAAGUUCAUCCUCCAAAGCAGAACAGCGUAUUUUGGAGCACAGGCGCCAGAAAGAAGAUGCUCUCAACUUUCGCGUGAAAAAAGAGAAUGAAGUCAGUGCUGCUGAAAAGGAAUUGCUCGAUGAGAUUACUGAAUUGGAGAAGCAAAGAGAUGAGCUUGAGGCACAGCUGAAAAGGGUCAAUAUAUCACUAAAUGCUGCUAAUGGCCGGCUAAAGCAAACUAGGGAAGAGAGGGACCAAUUUGAUGAAGCAAACAAUCAAAUCAUAUUUAGCUUGAAAAAAAAGGAGGAUGACCUCUCCAAAUCCAUCACCUUGUGUAAUGUGGAAUCCAAUGUAGUCAAGAUAUGGAUCGGUUUCCUUGAGGACUCGUGGAAGCUCCAGUCCUCAUACAAUGAACAGAAGGAAAAGAAGACAUGCGGUGAGCUGGAGAAAUGCGUGAGUGAUUUUCUGAAGCUGACAAAACGUCAUCUUUCAGAAUUCAAGGAAGUCCUAAGCCCAUUGAUCGAGAGUAUCAAAACAUAUGUCGAUAACCUGGCUGUCUUAAACUCAAGGGAAGAAGAGGAGAAAGAACAUGGGAAUGAUGAAGCAUCUGAGAGGACAAAUCCGCGUAAAUCCCUCGAAGAGGAAUAUCUGGAAACAGAAAAGAAGAUUAUAAUUGCUUUCAGCAUUGUUGAUCACAUAAAGAAGUUGUUUUAUUCUGAGCAAGGGGCUAAUUCGAGGAGAGAUGACCCAGAGGUGAAGAACUUAAUCGAUGAGAUUGAGAAACUGAGGGAAUCAUUUGAGUCUGUAGAAAGGCCAACGCUAAGCAUAGAAUCUGAGAAAGCGAAGCCACUACCUGUUGAGGGAUCCAAACUGAGUCCUUCACCUCUUCAGGCGCCAGCUACCCCAAAAGCUGCACACGUUGACUCACCGAAAUCUCCCAUGAAACCCGAGCAGCAUUUCGAUUCUGGCGCAGAGCUUGCAACCCUGGGAUCCGAGCUUGGGAAAGAGGACAAAGAGUACUCAGGUGAGGAGAUCAGCGGGUGGGAGUUUGACGAGCUUGAAGAGGAUCUGAAGAGUUGACAUCAUGAAUCGACCAACAGAUUCAGUUUGCUUCACUGACAUGUAUUAUCUCAGAAAAAAAUGCACUGGUUGAUGUGUAUAUAAUGCUGUUUGAUUGUAUUGUCGCACUGUCAGUUUGUCCUGUUUUAGGAGACGCGGGCUGAACUAUGUAACCUGGGCAAGGCAUUUGCUAUUUGUUUGCCCUUGCCAUGAAUGUUUUAUUUUUACAUCUACACCGAACACUGUUGUAACAGCUGUAAAUCCAGAAAACAGAAACUUGAACAUUUGGCAAAAAUUACCACAUUUAUGACCUUGGAU